AUGAAGAUCUCAAAUCGUAUUUCUCUUAUUGCCGGAUUGGUAGGUGGAGUUUUGGGUGCGGUGGAUGAUAGCUGGAUUAGUGAGCAGUGGGAUGCUAUAAUUGUGGGAGCUGGUCCUGCUGGUAUCGUUGUUGCUUCGCGUCUUUCAGAAGCAGGUCUUAAGACUUUGUUACUUGAAGGUGGUGGACUUUCAUAUGGAAUUACGGGUGGGGAUUUGGAUUCUAGGAGACCGGAAUGGUUGAGUGGCACAAAUCUCACGAGAGUUGAUGUACCGGGACUUUACAAGUCGAUCUUCGCUGAUGGAGGAAACCUCACAUGUGGAGCGGAAGUAAAUGCUUAUGGAGGAUGUACCAUUGGAGGAAGUUCGGCGAUCAAUGCUGGACUAUUCUUUGAGCCUCCGGCUUCGGAUUGGGAUCUAUACUUCCCUGCUGAGUGGAACUCUACCAACAUGGAUGGUGCAAUCCAACGUCUAUAUGAUACUCAACCAUCGACUAAUCUCACAUCUCGAGACGGCAUCCGCUAUCUUCAAACAGGAUAUGAUGCUGCGAGAAAGUGGUUGGUAGAUGGAUUGGGCUACAAGGACGUUGACAUCAAUGCUCAAGCCGAUGAUAAGACGAAAGUAUUCGGUUAUCCCAUCUUUGAUUAUUCCAACGGGCAAAGAGGUGGUCCCGUCACUACCUAUCUCCAAUCUGCUCUGCAACGCAACAAUUUCCGUCUCCAAAGCGGAGUCCGCGUAGUACGUGUUGAGAGAGAUGGAGAUACCGCCACCGGCGUCACAGCCAUGAUCAACGGUGUCGAAACCAUCAUUUCAGUCACGCCAACCGGAAGAGUAGUAUUAUCAGGAGGAGCAGUCCAAAGUCCCUCACUCCUCAUGUACUCCGGAAUCGGCGAUGCAGAAAACCUCUCCAAACUAUCUGCUGCCGGAAAAUUAUCCGCCAAUCUCACCAGUGGCGAAUGGAUAAACUCCACAGCCAUUGGAGCCGGUCUAUUCGAUAACCCAAACACAUUCAUCGAACUCCAAAGCGCUUCCCUUGAAUCAAAAAUUUAUUCCUACGAAUCACCUCCUACCAACGAUUCAGCCCUCUACCUCGAUUCCCGCAGCGGACCCUACACCUUCGCGUCCGAAACAUCCGUCUUCUGGACCACCAUCACCCACGACGACGGAAGUAUCACCGGAGUCCAAGGAACCAUCGAUUCAUCCGGCUACUCGGAUUUCAACAACGACAACACCAUCACGCUCAACAUAUACGGAACAUCGGGACUCCUCUCCACCGGCUCCGUCAUCCUCGACUCCAACUUCAUCCCCGGCCCCUCCGACAACAUCUACUACUCGAAUCCACGCGACGCCCUCGACAUCUCAACCUUCAUCUACGACAUCUUCCGCGGUCUGCCUUCCGCAGGCCUCACACCCAUGAACAUUGCGCAAAAUUCCACACGGGGCGAAAUCGAAACGUAUAUCACGACGGCCUCGGCUUAUGCGCGUGGAACGGUUAAUCAUUGGAGUAGCAGUUGUCGAUUUGGAGCUUGUGUUGAUAGUAAUACGACGGUUAUGGGGAUGGGGAAUGUUCAUGUGGUGGAUGCGAGUAUUUUGGCGCCGGUUACGGUUAAUCCGCAGUUUGCGGUUAUGGCGGCGGCGGAGAGGGCUAGUGAGUUGAUUCUUGGGGUGGCGGGGGUCGAGUGUAAUUUUUGUGGGGAGAAGGAUGUGAAGGAUGUAAGUGUUGGUGCUGGUGCGGGGUAUGGCGCUUAUGGUGCUUAUGGCGCGUAUGCGAGUUAUGGGAGUUAUAAAGAGUGA